AUGCCGAUCCUCAAGUUCGCGCCAUUCAGCACGAACAUCCAUCCAACCUUCUGGCAGGAGCUUUCCUCGCUCAAGAUCGACAAGCUCCAGCUGAGCGACGAGUCGGUGCCCAUCCAUGCCGCCUACACGCCAGGGAAGGUGAUCCUCGAUCGCACAACGGGGGAGUCGGUCUCCCUCGGCAGCCAGAUUAGUCUCGACGCCGCGAGCAUCCGCGCUGCUGAUAUCGCGGCAGACUCGGGCGAGCGCCCAUCCUCGUCGAACCACACCACACCAGCUCGAGGAUUCCUCAAGAACUUUAACACCAUCGAGUCCUUUCGCAAUGCCGACAAGCAGGCCAUCUUCGACGCUUCACUCGCAGACAUCUGGGAUGGAAUCGCGAAUGCCACCUCGGAGCCCGAGAUCUUCUUGACCACUUUCCUCGCUCUCACGUUCGCCGACCUCAAGAAGUACAAGUUCUACUACUGGUUCGCCUAUCCUGCCUUGGUCACGAGCCCGGCUUGGGAGACCGUUCAAUCUGCCGACAAUCCUGACGCUUGGCAGCCCAUCUCGGGCGAACUGGGCGACACAGGCUGCAAUGCCAUCGCGGGCUGGAUGCGCCAGCACGACUCGGCCAGAGGCUUCUUCCUCGCCAAGGCCGAUGCCGAGGCCGGAGUCGUGUGCAGCAGGAUCUCCGAAUACGAGCCCUUCUUCGAGGGCGUGCGACCGGAAAAGCGAUACGUCGGAUUCGUAGAUCCGUCAGGCGCGCCUCAGAUUCCAGGAUGGCCACUGCGCAACCUGCUGGCGUAUCUUAACGCCCGCUUCGGCGUCGAGCAAGCCACGGUCAUCUGCUGGAAGGACGACCUUGCCGCCACCAGUGGAGAGCUGGCCGCAGAUCGUAUGCGAAGUACAGUCGGAACGGUCUUUCUGCCCUCUGCUGCAGGUGAGCACAACGCUUCUACGCCGCGUGUUGCGCUCAACGGCAGGGCUACACGGAUCGCGAGCAAGCCCAACAACGAGCUGCUUCCGAGCGGCGUCGGCUGGGAACGCAAUGCACAAGGCAAGCUGGCGCCCAAGAUCGCCGACCUCGGUCCGCUGAUGGAUCCGCGAAAACUUGCCGACCAGGCGGUCGAUCUCAACCUCAAGCUCAUGCGCUGGAGGAUCAUGCCCGAGAUCAAGCUCGAGACGAUUCAAUCCACCCGCUGCCUUCUGCUGGGUGCUGGCACGCUCGGGUGCUACGUUGCGCGUGCGCUUCUCGGCUGGGGCGUGCGUAAGAUCACGCUGGUGGAUUCGGCCAAGGUGUCCUUCUCCAAUCCCGUGCGACAGCCACUCUUCGACUUUGAAGACUGCCUCGACGGUGGGCAGCCAAAGGCGGAAUGCGCUGCCAGCAAGCUUGCGCGCAUCUACCCGGGCGUGGAGGCCAAGGGCAUCAGCCUCAGUGUUCCGAUGCCCGGCCAUCCCGUGCCGGGAAGCAGCAAGGAGCAGGUGAAAGCAGACGUGGAGAGGUUGGAGAAGCUCGUGGAGGAGCACGACGUCGUCUUCCUCCUCAUGGACUCACGGGAGAGUCGAUGGCUACCGACGCUCUUGGGUGCAGCCAAGUCCAAGCUGGUCAUCAAUGCAGCCCUGGGCUUCGACAGCUACUUGGUCAUGCGCCAUGGAGCGCCUCCAGCCGCAGCGGGUGUUGAGCAGACAAGCUCGUCCGGUGCAGGUGCGGGUAAGAGCUGGCAUGGCCGCCUGGGCUGUUACUUCUGCAACGAUGUCGUUGCUCCCUCGGACUCGCUGACGGACCGAACGCUGGAUCAGAUGUGCACUGUCACACGGCCGGGGCUGGCUGCGAUCGCAGGAGCGUCGGCGGUGGAACUGAUGGUUUCGGUGCUGCAGCACGACCUGGGUGUCCACGCACCGGCUACGGCGGGCGAGACGUCCAGGCAGGGGAUCGAGGAUGCCGAGGCGGUGGCGCGCGCGACUACGGCGCUGGGCAUCGUGCCGCAUCAGCUGCGUGGUUUCCUGGCGCAGUUCAACACGCUCCGGAUCGUCGGCCAGGCGUACGACCGGUGCACGGGCUGCAGUGCGGCGGUGGUGGAGGCGUACCGCAGCUUGGGCUUCGAGAUGCUCUUGCGCGCAUUCAACGAGGAGCAGUAUCUGGAAAAGCUGACGGGGCUCGACAAGAUGUACGCAGAGGCGGAGGAGCUCGAGGCGGCUGUAGACUGGGAUGUCGAAGACGAGGACGAGGGCGAGCUGUGA